AUGGCUUCGUCACCACUUGAUCUGCCACCCGAGGUAUGUCCGUUGUGCAUUCAAUCGAGGGUGCAGGUAUUGACACCCACCCACGUCGCUCCCGCUCGGCCGAUCGAAUGAUCGUGCUUGAUCGUGCUUGAUCGUGCUUCCCCACAUCGACUGCCACCUCGACUCCGUCCCCCCCUUGCACAGCUCCUACACCACUGUCUCGUAUUCGCGGACCCAGUCGACGUCGUGCAUUUCGGAGCGACGUGCAGGGAAGCGUACGAGCAUGUCGAGGGUAGCGCGCUCUUGUGGAAGGCGUGCUUCCUCGCUAUCUUCGAUCCUCCCAUAGCCGUAGCCGGGUUGGGCGACGUGACUCGGACGAUCGAGGCGAACGACGCCGAGAGCCGGGAAGGAACUUGGCAAGCGGGGUCAUCUUCAGCUGCUUCUUCUCCAAGCGCCGCUUCUUCGUCCUCGGGGGAUUUCGACUAUCGUCAAGCAUUACAAGAACGCGUCUACGCGCGGCAAAUCCUUCACGCCCCUCAUCCAAUCCUUGACCAACGAGCCACGCGAGCGAUCCUCGACAUCGCUACCUCGCGAAAAGCUCAUCCAUCCCGCAAGGCCUCCUUUCCGCGCUUCCACGAGGUUGAUGAAUCAAGUUCCGCGAAUCAAGUAUGGUUGAAUGAACACUUCAAAGCCCAAGGGUUCUUUCCCUCUGUUUCGACUCGGUGCAAACCGAGUGCCCCUUGGCGCAUUACGAGGCAGCACCGUGAUCUUUCCGAACCCGAAACGUACUUGUUCCCCAACGCGAACCAAGUCGAAGCCUUACUCCAGCAUCUCGAAGCCUUGGCCACGCCCAAUCUGACGCGUAUCCUAUCCCAGGAUCCCGAUCGACGUACGAUCGCGAGGGAGGUCGUUUAUCGCGAGACGAACUUUAAGAAGGCUUCGCAUUGGGGACCGUUCUUGGCCGAUCGAUCGGGAAGGGUCGAUUGGAAUAAAGUGCUUUCGUUGAGCAUCGUCAUGACGGCGAAUUUGAACGAGGCACAAGCGAAUGGGGUGCAUCAAGAGGCGAAAAUCCCUCAGGGGUGGGAAACGACGAGGCGAGGACCGAGGGCGGGGGAAAGGGAAGGCAAGAAUUGGGAUGGUUCAGAACAGAAGGUGAGGGAUUGGGCAGGGGUGGAGGAGACGGAGUUUAGAGGUACGUAUGCGUUCUUGGAUUAUAGAUCGUUUGAACACUUCAAGUGAGUGGGUCGUCGCCCAAGGACUGCAAUUCCCAACUGCUGAUAGGGGAGGAGCUGAUUCCUUCUUGUUCACCCUUGACUCACAGCUUCCAUCGCAGUGCAGAAUACCGCAGCACCCUAGAAGGCGAAUCCGAAGCCAUCGGCGACAUCAUGCGGCUCAAGUUGAAGCUAUUGCCCGAAGGGGAGCUGCCGUACCCUCCUGAUCGGAAUUGGAGGGAUGUUGGGACCGGGUUCGAUGAAGUUCGUACUAUGACGGGGGGAGGGGAGGAGGAUAGCGAUGAUGAUGAGGAGGAGGAUGGGGACUUUGGGUUGGAUUCGGAGGAGGAGAGCGUGGAGUCAGGGAGCGAAGAGAGUGAGCAAAAUGAAGAGGAGGGCGAGGGGGAGGCUUCGCCACCUACGUCGGAGACGCGAGGCGAAGUCGAGGCGAAAGCGAGCAGCUCGUCGACCUCACCUCUUGAAGCUGGACCUUCUACCUCGACUCCCUCAUCUCAGGGCAACACGCCCCUCUCCUUCAUCGGGACCUCCGAACCCCUCCACUUCAACGGCACUUUCCUCACCUCCCACCCGCACAUGCAACAACAACCCCAACGUUCCAUUCGCGGCACGGUCUCCAUGACCCCGGACAACGAGGUGCAUUGGCAAUACAUCAUCCGCUAUUCGGGGCAGGACCAGUGGUUGAUGAAUGGGGUUCAGGUCGGGGGUCCCAAGAGUAGGUUCGGGGUGGUAGGGACUUGGUCUACGGCGAACCAUGAGCCUGCUGGACCGUGUGGUCCGUUCUGGUACUUUCCGCAUUUUGAAGGGGAGGCGGAGAGUGGGAGUGAGUGA